AUGAUAAAAUUACUAACUUUUAUUAUCUUCGUAUACUAUUUAUUCUACUUUUGUAAUUGUGGAACACUACCAGCUUCACAAUUAACUGAACAAACACUAAUAAAAACAUUACUAAAUGGAUAUGAAAAAACUAUAAGACCAGCUAAUCAAGUAUCUGUUGAAAUUACUGCUGCACUACAACAAAUUGUAUCUAUAGAUGAAAAACAACAAAUAAUGACAUCAACUUCAUUUAUUUCACAAUCAUGGCUCGAUGAUCGAUUAUCAUGGACACCAAAUGCUUCAAAUAAUAAUAUUAAUGUAGUUAUGUUAUCGGUUAAAAGUUUAUGGAUACCAGAUACAAUGGUAUUGAAUUCAGCAGAUGCAAAUGGUUAUCUCACAGUGAGUGAUUAUAGUUUAGCAUCUGUCAUAUAUACGGGUGAAGUGUAUAUGAUAUUACCAGCAUUAUCAGUAAAAACAAGGUGCAACUUCAUGGUUCAAAAGUUUCCAUUUGAUAAACAAAUGUGCAGUAUCAAUUUAACAUCAUGGAGUCAAGGAUAUAAUAGAAUUGUAUAUAAAGAAAAUGAUAGUGUAGUCAUUGAUCUUGAUAAUUAUAUUGAACAUCCUUUAUGGGAAUUAAAUGGAACAGAUAUGACUGUAAUUCGAGCAGAAGAUAGAGUACCAUUUGAAGAUACUUAUAAUGAUAUAAUAUCAAUACAAUUAUAUUUAGAAAGAAAACCAUUAUUUUUUAUUAUGAAUGGUAUAUUUGCAUGUUUAAUCUUAAAUUGUGUUACUUUAUUAGCAUAUACAUUACCAUUUGGAUCACAAAUUGGUCUAUGUAUGACAUGUUUUAUGACAUAUUCUGUUUAUUCAUUAAGUUUUUCUAAUUUAUUUCCACAACAAUCUGAAUAUAUAAUGAUGAUUACAUUAUAUUUUGUACUCUCAAUUUGUUUUACAUUAAUAUCAAUGGUAUGGUUUAUGAUAUGUAAUCAUUUUACAAUAACUUCGGAAAUGCCAAAGCCAAUUUACGCUUUUUGUGAACAAUUACAAAGAGUUUUUUUUUGUUGCUUUCCAUCAUCAAAAGAAGAUGGUAAGACAGAUAAAAAUAAGGAUGUUAUUAUUGAAAAUGGUGAUAUUAAGAAGUUUGAUGAUAUAAGAAGUAUACAAGCAACAAAUACUCAAAAAAUGAAAUGUAUUUCUUGCCAGAAUCUAUUUACUGUAUGUCUUCAAAAACGUAAUAAUAAAGUUGAAAACAGUGAUAAGAAACAGGAUAUUUCCGGUGAAGAUAUAGAAUCUAACAAAGCAAAUCCAACUGAAACAAUAACAGGUGUAACCAUUAACGAAACAGCAAAAUCAAAAUCAAAUAUUAAAACUCAAUGUCAUAUUAUUCUUGAUGAAGAAAAAGUUUGUUUUAGUGAACGUUUAAUCGAUAUAGGAGUUAAAAAAGGCAACACAGGAAAAUUUCAAUGUUCAGUUCCAAAAAUAAAUGGAAAAUUAAUUUAA